CAAAUACGUCGUCUUUCCCACCUCUACAAUGUCGCAUCCUUAAUUCGGCAGAAAAAGUGUGUACGGGAAUAUAAAGCAGCGAUUCUUCCAAUGCGCAGUGAUCAAUUCGCUCCUGGGUACCGGAACAGAGCUUCUUAUAUGGCUAACAACUGGUCAUUCGAUCAGUAUCAUCACCACCGGAGGCGAGAUCGAGACUGUCCUCCACCGUCCUCCACCAUCCGCCGACGUCCCAAUUUCGUAAUAGAACUAUGUUCCCAAAACAACGAUCACAACACCUACAAUCGUCAUGAAAUUGUAACUCUGAUGGGGAAAUUCACGUGCGACCCUGACGAUUUUUUUAUUUACGAAAAGGGUGUGGUUGCUGGUAGGUUUUUCUACCAGCAGUGGCCUAAUGCGCUCGAAACGAUUGUUUAUUUGUGGGAGGUUUUACUGAACGGGGGUCUCUCCUUUAUGCCGAGGCUUCGACAGAAUUUAAUCGUCCCUUCUGAUACAGAGGAGUACAAUUCUCGACUUAGGGUUUUGUUUAGCGAGCGUAUAAAAAGGUUUAUAGAAGGGGAGCUGGUGAAGACAUGGGAGAAGAAGCUGGAUCAGGUUUCCAACGAGAUUGCUAAGAUAGAUGGCUUGCUAAGGAAGCCCAAGAAAUAUGUGACACACAUGGAGUUAUCAAAGAAGAAGGAAGGGUUUGUACGCGAGAAACUGUUGAUCGGCAAGAGGAUUGGAGAAUUCAAGUCUGGAAUGGAAUGUAUACUUGAUUAUGUCAAUGGGAAGGUGAUUGAUAGUUCUGAUGUUAAGGUGUUGAAGCUGAAAGGCAAUAUUGUUUGGAGUAAGAUUCACUGGUUGAUAAAAAGGGAGUGCCGGAGGCUUGAUGAUGGAUUGCCUAUUUAUGCUGAUCGUAAGGAGAUUAUUUGGCAGAUACACUGCCAACAGGCAUUGGUAUUGGUAGGAGAAACAGGUUCAGGAAAAAGCACACAGCUGGUUCAGUUCCUUACUGAUUCAGAAGUAGCUGCCAACAAGUCCAUAGUUUGCACCCAACCCCGCAAGCUUGCUGCCAUGUCGCUUGCCACCAGGGUCCAGGAAGAAACCCGUGGAUGUUUAGAGGACAAUUCGGUCAUUUGCUCUCCAACUUACUCAUCUCUUCAAUUCGAUUCCAGAGUUAUAUACACAACCGAUCACUGCCUACUUCAACACUACAUGAACGACAAGAAUUUCUCCUCAAUUUCCUGCAUCAUAGUCGACGAGGCACACGAAAGAAGCUUAAACACAGAUCUCCUGUUAGCAUUAAUUAAGGAUUUACUUCACCGGAGAAGCGAUCUCCGGCUUAUUAUAAUGUCAGCCACCGCUGAUUCCGAUCAGCUUUCCAAGUACUUUUUCGGGUGUGGUACGUUUCAUGUGGUCGGAAGAACUUUUCCAGUCGAUAUCAAAUACAUCCAUUCCCAUUCCCAUUCUGAUUCCGGUUUCAUCCCCAAUUAUGUUUCCGAUGUGGUCAGAACGGUCGGCGAGAUUCAUCGGAAUGAGGGACCGGGGACAAUUCUCGCGUUUUUAACCUCUCAAAUGGAGGUUGAAUGGGCAUGUGAACAGUUUAAACUUAUGUCCACUGUUGCGUUACCACUACAUGGGAAAUUGUCCCACGACGAACAACACCGGGUGUAUUUGGAUUACCCUGAUAAAAGGAAAGUGAUAUUCUCAACUAAUCUUGCUGAAACCUCGCUCACGAUUCCGGGAGUCAAGUAUGUUGUUGAUUCCGGUAUGGUUAAAGAGAGCCGGUACGAACCGACGACCGGGACAAAUGUUCUGCGGGUUAGCCAGGUUAGCCAGAGUUCGGCUAACCAACGAGCCGGGCGCGCCGGGAGGACUGAACCAGGAAAAUGUUACCGGCUCUACUCGGAAGCUGAUUUUAAGUCAAUGCCGUUCCAUCAGGAACCGGAAAUCCGUCAGGUAAACCUUGGAAUCGCGGUGCUUCGGAUUCUCGCCCUCGGAAUUCAUGAUGUCAACACGUUUGAUUUCAUCGAUGCCCCUUCCGAUUCCGCUAUCGAGUCUGCCAUCAAGAAUCUUGUUCAGUUGGGUGCGAUUGUGUUCGAGAAUGGUGUCCAUAAGUUAACGAAAGAUGGUCGGAUGUUGGUGAAGUUAGGGAUCGAGCCGAGGCUGGGGAAAAUGAUUCUCAAAUGUUUUGAACACCGGUUGGGGCGAGAAGGGGUGGUUCUUGCGGCGGUAAUGGCGAAUUCCAGCAGCAUUUUUUGUAGGGUUGGUAGAGAAGAAGAUAAGCAGAAAUCUGAUUGUUACAAGGUCCAGUUCUGCCAUCCGGGUGGCGAUUUAUUCACUUUGCUCUCUGUUUACCGGAAUUGGGAACAAAUCCCUCGUGAGAAAAGAAAUCAAUGGUGUUGGGAUAACAGCAUAAACGCUAAAUCUAUGCGAAGAUGUCAAGAAGCCGUGAUCGAAAUUGAAAAUUGUCUUCAAAAUGAGCUCAAUAUCAUCAUUCCGACAUACUGGCAUUGGACUCCGGAAUCGAAUUCCAAAUCCGAAUACGAUAACAUUCUCCGGGAUGUUAUCCUCUCGGCUUUAGCCGAAAACAUUGCAAUGUACUCUGGAAACGAUAAUCUCGGGUACCAAGUGGCAUCUACUGGGACCCACGUUCAUUUACACCCUUCCUGUUCUCUCCUAAUCUUCAAUGAACGACCAGAUUGGGUUGUUUUUGGGGAAAUUAUCGCGAUGCCAAAUCAGUAUUUGGUCUGUGUUAGUGCUGUGAAUUUUGAAUCUCUGCAUACUUUGUCACCUCCAGAAUUCAAUAUCUCACAAAUUGACCGCCGGAAACUACAAUCGAAGGUGUUGACAGGUUUCGGAAGUACAUUGCUAAAACGGUUCUGCGGGAAGGCCAAUUCAAGUCUUAAACAUCUUCUUUCCCAAAUCAGAGAUGUUGUAAAAGAUGACCGGAUUGGGCUCGAGGUCUCGGUCGACCGAAACGAAGUCCACAUAUUUGCAUCCACUGAACACAUGGAUCGGGUUUUCGAGUUUAUAAAUGCUGCAUUGGAGCGUGAAAUGAAAUGGUUAGAAAACGAGUGCAUUGAAAAAACACUGUUUUCCGGGCGGCAUACGUCAUCUCCGGUAGCUUUGUUCGGUGCUGGAGGUGAAAUAAAACACCUUGAACUCGAUAAAAAAUGUCUCACGGUGGACAUAUUGGUGUCCUGUUCCUCCGAUGUUGAAGAAAAGGAACUUUUAUCGCUUCUCGAGACACGGUUUUCCGGCAAGAUUUGCUCCGUUCAUCGCUUCCCCUUCCCCGGGGCGACUGACAAGAUGGAGAAGUGGGGCCGGGUAACUUUUCUCACGCCGGAAGCCGCUGAAAACGCGAUAAAAUUGAGCACAAUCGAUAUCCCAGGUGGCUUGCUGACAAUCGUCCCCUCGAGACAUGGCGGGGAGAACAAAUUCUUGACUUUUCCGGCGGUCAAAGCGAAAAUUUCAUGGCCACGUAGGCGAAACCGGGGGAUUGCUUUUGUAAAAUGUGAAAGCCCAGAUGACAUUCCGGCCAUUAUUCAAGAUUUUUCAAUGGCCUUCAUCCGGGGGAGAUCUAUAAGAUGCAAACCGAGCAUGAAAUCCAACGACAGCGUGAUGUUAGUUGGGAUCGAUAAUGAUAUUUUUGAAGCUGAACUUUUCGAUGAGUUAAGAUCUGCAACCAAUCGGAAUAUUGUGGAUAUUUAUCUGCCCCGGGGUAUGAUAAUACAAGAUCCCUCCAUUGUUGCUCUUGAAGAAGCACUUUUGAGAGAAAUCCGGGCUUUUAUGCCUGUUGGGAAUAAUAAUAGGAAUGAGUGUGUUGGUGUUCAUAUCUUUGAACCUGAGCUGGCGGAUUAUUUUAUGAAAGCAGAAAUUAGUUUUGAUGGGAGUUUGCAUUUGGAGGCCGCCAAAGCGUUGGAGCAGAUUGAUGGGAAAGCGUUGUCAGGGUGUCAGCCAUGGCAGAAGAUGAAGAGUCAACAGCUGUUUCACAGCACUGUUUCCUGCUCUGCUUCAGUUUAUAUGGUUAUAAAGGACCAGCUUCAUUCUUUACUGAAACACCUCGAGCUUCGAAAUGGCGCCAAAUUCUUGUUUGACAAGAAUGAUAAUGGGUCAUAUCGCGUCAAAAUCUCGGCCAAAGCCACAAAAAUCAUGGCAGAAUCAAGAAGGCCGUUAGAAGAGUUGAUGAAUGGAAAAACAGUAAGCGACCCUCGUCUCACCACUCCAAUUUUACAACUGGUUCUCUCCCGUGAAGGAUUCGCUAUCCAGAAAUCAAUCCAACGUGAAACAGGCACUUACUUUCUCUUCGAUAGACACAACCAAAGCAUCCGAAUCUUUGGCCCGUUGACCAACAUUGACCGGGCCCAAAACCGGUUCGUGAACGCCCUCGUCACACUUCAUGAGACCAAACAGCUCGAUAUUCAUCUCCGUGGGCCCGAUUUCCCUCCCGAUUUAAUGAAAAAGGUGGUCGGAAAAUUCGGCCCUGACCUCCACGGGCUCAAAGAAAAAUUCCCGGGAUCUGAUUUCACCCUCAACACUCGCCACCAUACCAUCUCGGUCCGUGGAAAUAAAGAGUUAAAGCAAAACGUCGAGGAAACAAUUCACCAUCUCGUGAAAACGAGUCCCGACGCCGAAAGUCAAAGUCAAGCUGCCAGCUGUCCGAUAUGUCUUUGUGACGUGGAAGAUGGUUUCCGCCUAGAAAAAUGUGGGCACGAGUUUUGCAGGAUGUGUCUGAUGGAGCAAUGCGAGUCCGCCAUCAAAAGCCACUCGGGUUUCCCGAUGAUUUGUGCUCACGAAAACUGUCCGGCCAUGAUUUUAACCGUGGAUUUGCGGUCGCUUUUGGCGGCGGAAAAGCUCGAAGAGCUUUUCCGGGCUUCGUUAAGUUCGUUUGUGGGAUCCAGCGCUGGGAAAUACAAAUACUGCCCUUCGCCGGAUUGUCCGUCAGUGUACCGGGUGGCGAUGAAAGAAGGCGGUGGUGGCCAGCCGUUUGUUUGCGGGGCGUGUUCGGUGGAGACGUGUACACGCUGCCAUUUGGAGUAUCAUCCCUUUUUGUCAUGUGACAAGUAUUUGGAGUUUAAGCGGGACCCGGACAUGUCUUUGAAGGAGUGGAUGAGAGGGAAGGAGGAUGUGAGGGUAUGUCCGAGCUGUGGGUUUACCAUUGAGAAAAUUGAAGGGUGUAAUCACAUGGAGUGUAGGUGCGGACGCCAUAUUUGUUGGGUGUGUCUUGAAGUUUUUAAUAACAGUGGGGAGUGUUAUCGUCAUUUGAGCACCGUGCAUCAUGCAAAUGAAGGGUUAGUAGUAAUUUGAAGUUGUGUUUGUUUUUCGCUACUCGAACUUGUCUGUGUAUAUGCAUAUAUUAGAUGUAAAUAUUUGGUUAUCGGUGAUUAGGGAGAAGAAGACUUUUAACUACUA